ACCCAUUGUUCCUUGGAGAACACACCAUCAGGUCUAAGAACCAGAAGACUAAAGAGGAAAGUCUCACCCAAUCUGCAACCAUGAAAUUCUCCCUCAUUGCCAUCCUUGUUGUUGCCCUGGCCAUUGGCUCUGAGUCAGUGUCUCUGGUUAAGAGAGAGACUCCUGCUGAGCUUGACAAGAUCGCAAAAUACUUCCAGGACCUCGUGGACACUCUUAAAAACGUUGAGGCCCCUGAGAUGGCCAACAAGGCCAAGGCUUACUUUGAGGAGAGCAAAGCCCAGUUCCAGCCCAUGGUUGAGAAGCUCCAGGAGCAGCUGAAGCCCCUCUCCAGCAACAUUGAAGAACAAAUCAAGCCUCUGGCUGCCUCUGUCCAGGCUCAGGUCGCCCCCCUGACUGACAUGGUUCAGACCCAUGUUGAAGACAUGCUCAAGUUUUUGGCUGAGAAGACCAAAGCCAUCCUGCCCCCUCAGUAAACCCUGUUCUUUAGUUCCCUUCCCCUUUUGACAAAAUCUCUCUAUAUGUAUGUUUCAAAUAAUAAAAGCCAUUGAAAGGUCACUGCUAUGUGCUGGAUG